AUGACAUUCCAGACGGAAGAAGCAGAGCCGGAAAAGGAAAGACGACGAGGCUGUGAUCAAACGACCUUUUCUAAUGGUCGUGCUUCACUCCUUGAUCCACCAAAAGAUACCAAAUCGUGCCGCCAAAAGUAUCCCUGGCAAGCCAGACGCCAUGCCUCCGCCAAAGUGACCAUCUACAGAAUGAUUGUGCCCAUCAGCCUCACACACACACUCACACACUCACACAAACACUCGGACAGAAAGACACACGAACAAGAAAUUCCUCCGUUUUCUGGCUGCAGUUGA